CGCGGCUGCCAGAGAGGGAGCACAGAGCUGGGGGGAUUUUUGCUACUCCUCCAGAUUUGGUCAUGGGAGUAUAUCCACAUUGGCCGUCCCAUUAUAGUCGGAUAUCAUGGCAUUGAUGGACAGCCACUGCCUGAUGAGCCGCCACGUCUGCUAGGACCACAUCAUGUACGGGGCGAGGAUCCUCUAGGCCGUCGGUGGCUAUAUGCUGGUCUAUCUCGCAUGUCAUCCGCUACUGGGCUCGGUGUCUACAGGGAUGCAUUGGAUCGGAUGUCUGAGGACCAGAUCACAUGGAUGCCGUUUAGACCUGAUAUGUUAGCAGAGUUGCCCCCAGCUGGACGAGAGCAUACUCACAUCUGGCGAGCACGUGUCCCGUUGAUAUGUUUUGACAUUGUUGAGCUGCAUUUGCCUGAUAGAGUCAUGCGACAGUUUGGGUUUGAGCAGGUCGUUCCACGUCCUAUCGACACUUAUGUAGAGCUGCAUAAGCUGGAUAGGCGUGGGAAGCAUACAGAGGAUUGGGCACUCAGACAUGUCCGAUACGUGACUAUGUGGGAAAGGAGAGCUGAGCUAGCUGUGGUUGGGACACCCACAUAUGUGCCAUCUGUUUCAGGAGACUACAUGGGAUGGUACUACAGCAUCACUCGGUUAUUUGUGUCUCCUUCGUUCAGACUCCCUACUCAUCAUUAUCAGCCUAGCUCCUUGGCUUUGCAUCUUACGACACGAGCUUUGCAGCGCAUACAUCAGCGGGCUACUGCCACUGUGACUGAUAUUCCUGAUGUGGACAUGUAUGGACAGGCUCUGACAGGCAUUGCCUCGUUGUGCUCAGAUGUGUUGGGCCGAGUAGACUACGGACAUCUUAUACACAUGCCCCCAUCUCAGGAGAUGGCAUCCACGUCUAGUGCAACCGCGGCUUCAUCAUCCCAGACGCAACAUGAGAGAGUGGUUCUUUAACCACGACAACGCCGUAGGCGUAGACAUGAGCAGCAACAUCUCCAUGACGAAGCUGAUGAUGAGAACUUGUAGUUUGUCUUUUGUAUUGUAGUUUUUCUUAUGCAGUAGAUGUUGUACGAACAAUGUACAAGUUUUGAUGUAUUUUGUCUUGUUAAGUAUUGUAUGGUGUAUUGAUGUGUUCGAGUAUGAAUAUUAGAUGAUUACUUGUUAUGG